UGUCAAUUGUCAAACUUACUCAGAGUUCGCCAUUUUCGCGUUAACAUUCUCCUAACCUCUGUGCAUAGUUUGUGUUUGCUGGAGGACGCUCAACAUUCCAUCCAAACAAACGUGGUCAUUGUCGUUCUUCUCGUUGGCGGUCGUUGAUUCUGCGUCUUGGUUGUAUCGUUAGCGAUCGUCAUGAUGAUGGACAAAGAUGAUCACGAAAGGGCGCGCGAUCGCGACCGGGGCGGGCGGCGCGAUCGUCCCACUCGCUUCUCCUCAAACGAUCGCGACCGCAGCCCGGACCGCGGUAAGGAUCGUGGCGGCAUGAAGUCCUCCAACUGUCGCGUGUACGUCUCGAACAUUCCGUAUGAGUUCCGCUGGCAGGAUCUGAAGGAUCUCUUCCGGCAGCAGGUGGGCGAGGUGUCGUUCGUCGAACUGUUUGUCGACGAGAAUGACAAGGCACGCGGUUGUGGCAUCGUUGAAUUCUCCGAGCCAUCAUCGGCGAAGAAGUGCCUGGAGGUGAUGCAUCGCUUUGACUUGAAAGGGCGCAAGAUGGUCAUCAAGGAGGACUUUGGCAACCAGCGCGACAAAUACGGCAAUCUCGUCGGCGGGGGCAAAGGUCGACGUGAUCGUGACAACGAUCGUGGGGAUCGGGGUCGUGAUGAACGCCGAUACGAACAACAUAACUCAUCCGGGGGUGGAAGCGGUGGGCCUAUCGUUGGUAACACCUACGGUCUCUCUCCCGCCUUCUUGGAGGACUUGAAAAUUCAGACUCCCUUGAAUACACGCAUUUUUGUCGCUAAUCUGGAGUACAAGGUCGAUAAGAAGAAACUGAAGGAAGUGUUCCGUAUGGCCGGCAAGGUGAUGUCGGUCGAUAUGCCACUGGCGAAGGACGGUACAUCGCGCGGUUUCGCCGUCGUUGAAUACGACCAUCCGGUCGAGUCGGUGCAGGCGAUAUCGAUGUUCAACGGGCAGCCAUUGUACGACCGUCCGAUGACGGUGCGCAUGGAUCGCGGUCCUGAGCGUGAUAAACUACCCGAAGGCUUGAAGUCCAUCGGUAACGGCUUGGGUUCGAACGGUGAGCCAUUGCGAGAUGUCGCUCGUAAUCUGCCUUCACUGGUGAAUCAGCCACCUGCGGUUGCAGCGAGCCUUAAUAGUGGCGCUGGUAUUUUAGGCGCUGUGCCUAAUCUACAACUCGGCGCUGCCGCGAAUGCCUUGGGCUCUUUGAGCAGCAGUGCGCUGAGUAGUUUGGGUACUACCCAGGCGGCUGUGUUGCAACAGGCCGCUAAUCUUGGUUUGUCUAAUAAUCUACUCGCCAGUUCAUUGGGCGGUGGUGAUAUAAGCCUAGGCGCUGCGAACCUCUUGCAGAAUAAUCCGUCUUUGGCGGCGUUGGCUGCCUCUAGCAAUUCGAUGAGCUCCGCGCAUAACAACAAUUUCAAUCGGGGCGAUAAUAAUCAGUCGAGCAGUGGUUUCAUGUCGAACAACCAAGGUGGUAGUAACUAUGGGGGCGGCGGUGGCAGCCAAGGGAAUCAGUCGAGUAUGGGCGGCGGGCAAAACAUGGGGCGCAAUAGUUACUCCACAGGGUAUGAGUCGAGCAAACCCAGUGGCUACGGAGGUUUUGGGAAUAACGGAAAUGACAGAGAUAGCCGCCCACAGCAGCAACAGCACAAUUCCGGCGGCGGUAACAUGUACAAUUCGAUGAACAACGGCGGCAGUCAAAUGAUGCGCGGUGGUGGUGGCGGAGUUAACAUGAUGGAGCGGAAAAAGUGUAAAUUAUUAAUUUCAAACUUACCACCAACGGCGCAGUACAAAUUAAUCACAGAAAAAUGCCAAGAAUUCGGAGCUGUUGAAAACUUCGAAGAGCAAGGCAUCGGUUCUUUGCUGGUUACAUUCAUGACAGAGUGGGACGCCGAACGGGCGAUGAAAAACAUUGACAGGGCGCGAAUCGAUGGCCGCACAAUUGACGCCCGAAUUAUCUAAGCACCGACCGUCCGGAGGGAUCUCACCUAUAUUAGAAUUCGUUGUUGGUCCUUCUUGUUAUAGCGCGUGGUCUGUAUUUGCUUCGUUCUUCACAGCGGCGAUACUCUUGUUUAUAUUUUAAUUUUAUUUCGUGAACGCGACCGAACAUUCUUUGAUCAAAGUAUUGUCUACUUUUGUUUAUUUUGCCUACGAAUUGCAAGAUGGAAUGACUGCCACACAUCUGGGGAAGAUGUGACUUGAGCAUUAUGUAUAGGAACUGAAAUUCGUGGGAAGAUCAUUUAUGUCAUAGUUUCGAUAAUCUACAAAUUAUUUUACUUAGCUCUUUAUAUUACUUGUAAGGACUCUACGUCGAUUAUUGGUUGUAAGAGAAAUCUACGUUUGAUUUGCGGUGGAAUUUAGCGCGAGGGAAUGUAUUUUACUAUUGAACAUAACAAAUUUGAUGCGAAUGGACAAGGAUAAUGAAUUAUUAUUAAAUAAACACUUCGUACAAAAGUUUAAUAA